AUGGCCUCGCUUCACUUUUGCGGUGAAUGCAACAACCUUCUUUAUCCCAAAGCCGAUCAGCAGCGCAGAACAAUGGUCUACGCAUGUCGGAUAUGCACACAUUCCGAAGUCGGGGAUAAUAGCUGCGUGUACAGAAACGACUUGCUUACGGUCACAAAGGAGCAAGUUGGUGUAACAAAUGAUCUUGGCGUCGACCCUUCAUUGGCCCAUUCGAACAUGACAUGCCCGAAAUGCGGUCACGAAGACGCCGUUUUCUUUCAAGAUCAAUCUAAGCGGAAAGAGACGAGAAUGAUCCUGUUCUUUGUAUGCACGAAAUGUAACAACAGUUUCAUGGACCCGAGCUUGGCAGAAGGAGGAGCCAUCCCGGACGAUAUCGAGCAGAGCUAG